AUGGAUGAUGAUUUGGAGGUUAAAUUAGACGAUGUCUUGAAGAAGAACGUCGAGAUUAAAGAUUUUUUGGACAGUUUGACGGCUUUACAUCGAAGAGCUUUGAGCAGAGGCGAGAGUGAAGGGAAUGCUAUAGAUUCGAAUGUUUAUGACGUAAAUAUGAUAAGAAACGAUAUAUUGAUUGCGUUCAAUGAUCUCGUUAGUUUGAAUGAGAGGUUGAUUCAUUUCAAUGGGAAAAUAAACUCGGAGAUAGUAUCAGUUAAAAAUACUAGAGUGAAAUAUUUAAAUUUGAUUGAGUUGGAAAACCAAUUGCUUGUGGAAAGAUCAAAAUGGGAACCACAAAUGUCAAAAUCAGAAGGGGAGAAUACAUAUGAACAGCAAGAAAACAAUACUAUAACGAUAAAUCUUAAUCAUAGAGAUCCAAUGAAUAAAUAUAUUGAAUUGAUCGGAAUCGAUAAUACGGCAUUGAAUAAUACUGAUAAUGACAUCGACAAUGAUGUAGAAGAUAGAGAAACUAUAUUGAACUCAUUGAAUUUAUUAAAUGAUUGUGAAACUAGAUUGUCUAAGAAUAUUAAUAAUCUACAGAUGAUUCUAAAUACCAUGAAAAAAGAUAUGAAUUUCGUAAAUAAAGAAAAAACAAUCAUUAAUAGAAAAAAAGUUUUUGAAAUUGAUAAACUCAAUGAAAAAUUAGCUAAACUUAAAUCUAAGAAAAUAAGAUUAUUAUCAAAAAUAGGACUGAAUUUACCUGAACAACAUCGUCAACAAUCGCAAUUUCCAUCAUUAACAUACUUCAAUAAUGAUUUACACUACAGCAAUAUCUUAAUGUCAACUUUUUCAAUUAACCAAUCUAAGGAUUCAAAUAAUGAUGACAUUGAACAUAAUAUCUUGAAUCAUGCAAUCGAUUUUAUGGAUUUGAAAAUUAAAGAUCUUCAGGAACAUUUAUCGUACAAAAAAGAGAAUACCAAUUCAUUGUCGCAACAAAGAAAUAUAUGGGAAUCUGUAAUUAAUAUAAUAAAUGAAUUAGAAUUAAAAACAAAAAAUAUAUUUCAGAUUCAUUCAUAA